ACAGUAAAUUAAAUUAGAUUUAUUUGUAUAGAUUAAUAUGGCUAUUGUAGAGGAUGAAGUGCGGAAUGGUUCUGAAGGGGAAGAUGAAAUAGAAGUCGUUGUUGAAGAAGAUGAUGGAGAGGUAGAUUCUGAUGAUUCGGACGAUGAUGACGAUGAUGAUGAUGAGGAAGCUUUGGAAAAGAAAGUAGCAGAUUUAGAACGUAAGAUAGAUGAAGAUCCAUAUAAUUAUGAUGAUCACAUUAAUUUAAUUCAAGCUUUAUGGGGUCUGUCAGAAUUGGAUCGCUGGCGAACAGCUUUUGAUAGACUCCAGAAGUUAUCAGUGCUGAGAGCUGAACACUGGUUAACGAGGAUUCAAACAGAAGAAUCUCUGGCUCAUUCUAAAGAAUCUAAAGAUCAUAUUGCCAACUUGUUCAAGUUGGCCGCACUGGACUGUUAUUCAAUACCAAUUUUAAGUGAAUGGUGCUCAUGGUCCUUAACUGCUGGUGAAGUUGAGAAUGCUCGCACGCAGCUGGAGGAAGUCCUACGUAGGGCGGGUGCUGAUCCACUUUCCGGAAAGAUAUUUUGGGACGCUAAACUCGAAAUGGAGAAAGCUCAACUGGAAAACAUGAACCAGGAUGAUACACAAUAUAAAUCCCAAAGGAAGAGGAUAUUAUGGUGUCUAGAAGAAACUGUUUCCAGGCCUCUUUUAAGGGGAGAUGAAGCAUGGCAACCCUUACAGGAGUUGGCUCUUGAUUUAUAUGACCAAGAAUAUGUAGAUAAGAUAAAAAAACAACAUGAUGCAGCCAUAGAUUAUUUGCAAAAAAUAACACCAUUUGAGGACAGAUUAUUAACGUUAGAAGAACCAGAAGAAAAAUGUAAGGUAUAUGAAGAAUAUAUAGAUACAGUGAAGGAAUUGUCUCAAGAGGAAAAGUAUGCAGAUUGUGACAGCAAUGGAAUUCUAAAAGUCCUAUAUGAGCGGGCAACAACCGAAUGCCUUGCUUGUGAGGGCGCACACGCACUCCUCCAAGCGUACGCGCGUCACGUACAACGAACAUCGUCAAGGGAGACAAUCGCACGAGUGUUGGACGCGUGUGUGAGACGGUGUCCUAGACGAGCCACUUUCUGGAUACUGAAGAUGCAACAGGCGGAACAUGAGGAGAGGGAAUUUGAUGAGGUAAAAUCAAUUUUUGAGACUGCACUAUCAAAGGGUAUGGAUUCAUACAAAGAUGGUGAAGCUCUGUGGCUCAGUUAUUUGGAGUUCACUCGGCGAAGGACUGCAUUCGAUAAUGAACCUGAUGUGGAAAGACUUAGGAGAACUUUUAGACUGGCGUGGGACUCUCUAGCUGAGGCCUGGGGCGACGAAGCCAAUGACUGCGAAGUGCCGUUGUUUUGGGCGCGAUUGGAGUAUAGUCGGAUGAAUGACCCUAAACAAGGGAAAGAGAUCUUUGAGGAAAUAUUCAAGUACGGUGAGAACAAAACGCUCUCCAAGUACUGGGAAGCGCUCAUACACCUGGAGCUGGCUCGAUGGAACGGUUCCGGCGAGCGGCGUCUGCGCGAGCUGCACCGGCGUGCGCUGCGCUGCGUCGGCGACUACCCGCCCGCACUCGCCGCGCUGUGGACGCACUUCGAGCGGGACCACGGCCAGCUGCACACGGCGCUCGAGUGCGCGGAGCUGUGCCAGGCCAAACUUAAAGAAUGGCGCGACAACUAUCAAGCGAUGAAAGAAAAAAUGACCGGUCAGAAACAAAAGGGUAAACAGGGGCAGGGUAAGAAGGGCAAAAUGGACAAUAAAAAGAAAGCAAAAGACACAAAAGCCAACAAAGGGAAAAGAAAAUCGGAUGAGGUUGCUGAAGGCAGCGAAGUGAAGAGGAAAAAGGAGGAAAAUAUGGAAGUGGAAGUAAAAGAAAAGGACGCAGAUAGUGCGAGUGGUACCAAGAGGGCUCAUGAAGAUGAUGAAGAAGGUGCUGAGUACAAACGGCAAAGGACACAGAGCGAGGAAAGUGCCAGAAGGCUCGGGACGAGGGAGGCUUGCACACUGUUCGUUAGCAACCUUGAGUUCAAAACGGACGAACAGAGCAUUCGCGACAAACUGUCGGAAUUCGGCAAGAUAGUGUCUUUGCGGUUGAAGUCUGGCGUGAAAGCGUUUGGAGGCUCCAUUUGCUACUGUCAAUAUGAAACACCUGAGUCAGUCGAUGAAGCGCUAAAACACGACAGGGCACCUCUCAACGGCCGACCGAUGUUCUUAUCCCGGUACUCAGCUAAGAAAAGCACACCAACAUUCAAAUAUCCAACGAAUGUGGAGAAGAAUAAGUUAUUCGUGAAGAACCUGCCCUAUUCGCACUGUACGAAGGAAGCGCUCACUGAGAUAUUCGAUAAGCACGGUGCUUUGCGGGACGUUAGGGUUGUCACUUUCAAGGAUGGUAAACCCAAAGGCCUAGCGUACAUAGAGUACGAGGACGAGGAAUCAGCGUCUACCGCUUUGGACAAGACAAACGGGCUACAAGUCGCGGACAGAGCGAUACAAGUGGCCAUAAGUGCUCCACCGCCGAAGAAAGACGACUCUACGGCCACGCUAGGGCUGCCAAAACGCGAUACGGGUGGGGGCAUGCGGCGGACACAACUAAGCAGCUUCAUACCGAGUGUCCUCCAAAAACCAACAGCGAGCACUUCCAACGGGACUUCCACGAACGGCGAGAAAAAACCGCUCUCUAACACUGAUUUUAGAAAUUUGCUGCUUAAGAAAUGAAUAAAAAUAAGUAGUGUCCUAAUUGGCAAGCAAUCGUACGAACAACGUGAACAAAUUAUCAUACGUAUAUGUAAGAUUUUUGUUUGAGAGGUUAAA